AGCGGAUGUUAAUAUAUCACCAGUGAGUCGGCAGCCUGACCUUUGACUCCAAGAAGUUUCGGCUGUGAGUCGAGCCAAGCAGCGGGGUCAGAGCAGAGACACACUCCCAGCAGUAAACAAAUGUGACGGCCACAUAGCUCUCACUGCAUCCUGAAUUUCCAAACAGACUUUGCCAUGAUGGAGACGGACCAAACGGCUGCGAGUUGUCAUGCCCCGGGCCAAACUUCUGUCAAGAGUUGGCUCUCCUCCAACACAAGAGGAGCACCCAGUGACUUCUCCUCCCGCUUCCAAGGAGACGGGGUUCGCUACAAAGCCAAGCUGAUCGGCAUGGACCCGGUACCCGACGCCCAGGGACACAAGAUGUGCUGGGACUCCAUGAUGAAGUUAAAGGGCUUUGAUGCAGUAGCAAGGAAACAGGGCAAACACAAACAGAGAGUUUGGUUAAAACUUUCCUCAUGCGGCCUGAGAAUCGUGGAUGAAAGGACCGGGGCUGUACUCCAUGACCACGACAGGAGCAGGAUCAGCUCUUUGACGAAAGAUGAAUCUGACCCCAGAGCUUUGGCCUACGUCUACCAACACCAAGACACCUACUGCCUCUUCUACAUCAAGAUGGCAAACCUGGCAGAUCCGGUCCUGGUUGACAUCGAGGAGGUUUGUAAGAUGGUGGACCAGGAGACAUCAGAGGACUCUGCAGAGGCACCGACACAAACCAAUUCCUUAUUUCUAAUAAAUGACAGUCCAGCCGCUCCAGCUGAGGGACCAGCUUUUGAAGGUGAGUUCAGUCCACGGCCAGAUUCUUCAUCAGGACAAUCAAACCAGGCCUCUUCCAGUAAUGAGCUGAUGGAAGUUUUCUCCAUCCAGAUGGAGGAGCCGCUGAUGCCCGACCAGAGCUCCUGCUCCAGUCAGCCAGAGUCCCCACAUCCAACGCUCUCCGCCUCUCAGAUCCUCUCCAUGUUCCCCACACAGCCAGCAGGGGGCUCUCCAUACUCCUCGCCCCCAUACUCUCCCACCAGCGUGCCCUGGGGGCAGCAGGGGCUUCUGGGAAAUCAGUGGGCAGGUCAAGCUGCGGCAUCUUGGCCCACAAUGCCCGGCAAUAUGGCAGCAUGGGCACCAGCAGGCAUCGCGGCGCCCCCUGCAGGCGGACAGAUUCUGGCUCACGGCCCUCAGCCAGGAUUCAUGACGGGAGGAAACUCACCCGCUUCACCCACUGCGGUCAACGGGUACCCCUCCCCUUUCAACUCCUUCUACGCCCCCGCUGGAGCAACAGCACCGCUGCAGUCGGUGUCCCCCACAUUGGACCAAUAUCCCCUCCUGUGAUGAACUGGUUAGAAUGGAAAGAUUGUUAUCAAAUUGUAAUCCUG